AUGUUCCUCUGGAGAGCCUGCAGUGAAGCCUUACCUACCUUCUUAAACCUCUCAAAGAGGAAAAUCAUGGAAGAAACCAGAUGUCCAAUCUGUGGACUAGAAGAAGAGACUUCAGGUCAUGCCUUGUGGAACUGUGAAGCUACCCGUGAUAUUUGGAGCCAAGCCAGUAAAUCAAUUCAAAAGCUGUUUCUGGAAGGAUCUCAAUUCAAGGAAAUCUGGAUGCAAAUGAUUCAAAAACUCCCUCAGAAGUUGCUAGAAGAAGCAGGGUCGAUAGUGAGACUGAUAUGGACAAUGAGGAAUGACUUUGUACAUGGGAAGGACUUCAGGCACCCAAACUCUAUUGUAAGGAAAGUCUAUGAUGAUCUCAGGUGUUUAAAAGGAGCAGAACAAGCUGUCCAAGCUGCAAGGACUACAGAAAACUCGGGUAUUAACCAGAAGUGGAAAGCACCCCCGGAAGGGAUGUACAAGAUGAAUUGGGAUGCUGCUCUCAACAAGUCCAGGGGCCUACUUGGAGUUGGAGGACUAAUAAGGGACAGUAAGGGACAAGUUCUGGGAUCUCUCAGAGCAAAAAGAAGCCUCAUAGUAUCCCCUUUUGUAGCAGAAGCGUAUUCCAUGAUGAUGGCAAUCCUUUUCUGUAAAGAUGUUGGCUUCCAGACCAUCAUAUUUGAAGGGGACUCACUGCAGGUAGUAGAAAGGAUGCAUAAGUCAAAAGAAGAUUGGAGUCAUGGUAGUCUAAUAAUUGAAGACACAAAACGGAUACUAGAAGACUUUGUUUCUUGGAAGUUUAGCCAUACCAAGAGGGAUUCUAACAUGGCAGCACACGAUUUAGCCAAGAAUGCCCUCUUGAGUGAUCAAGAUCUCUAUAUGUUAGAGGAAAUUCCUAGUUGUAUUAAAUAUGUAGUUCAGCUAGAAGCUUUCUAA